AUGGAAUCGAUUACCGCGAAACGGAAUUCUCUUUUUGCGAAAGUAAAACGCGAACUCGAGACCGCGACACGAGUGAAGACGCAAAACCCCUCACUCUCUGAGGUCCGGGAGCGUCUGGUGCGCCUCGAGGCGCUGGGGAACAGUUUCUUCGACGUCCAGGACCAGUUCGAGGACGGAACCCCACCGACCACCCUGGAAAACUUAGUCUCGAUCUUCGACUACCGGAAGGAGUUUGAAGAUCGGUAUUAUGAAGCGAAGGCGAUCUACGCUGCCCUCGACGAAGGUUCCGUCGCCAGCGAUCGAUCGUUCGCUGAGCCGGCGAACAACCUGAAAACUGCGGUAGCGGCGCUGUUGGAAACGCAACGAGCGCUCCUGUCCAACCAAGCGGCCCACGCAGCCCAGCUGAACCAGAUUCAGCAAGGAAACCCACCUCCAGCAGGACAACCAGCUCAAGCACAACCGGAUCCCUUCAUCAACGUCCGGCUUCCUCCAAUCAACAUCCCGAAGUACGCGGGAGUCCGGAAAGAAUGGCUUUCGUUCAAGGACCUGUUCGUCAGCACCAUCCACAGCAAGAAGUCGCUGCGGCCGUCGCAGAAGCUGCAGUACUUGAAGUCGCUGCUGGAGGGUGACGCAGCCUCCCAAAUCAGCUCAUUCGGCAUCUCGGAUGACAACUACCCGCUGGCGUGGGACAAGCUGCUGAGGAAGUACGACCAGAAGAAGUACACCGUGUUCGCACUGGUGAAGGAGUUCCUGGACCAACCUGUCGUGUCAGACGCAACCGUUGGCAACCUCCAGAAGCUGGUCACGACCUCGGACGAGGUAGUUCGACAGCUUGACGUCUUGGGCGAGCAGUACCAGUCACGGGACCCCUGGCUGAUCCAGCUGCUCCUAGAGAAGAUCGACGAGGAGACGCAGGCGCUUUGGGCGCAAAAACUCGUCACGUUGGAGAACCCGAGCCUCACGGACUUCCUGAAGUUCCUUGAGGACCGGUGCGACGCCAUCGAAACCUGCUCAUCAUUCACACGAAAGUGCACCUUGAGUGGAGCGGGGGCGAAGAAGGAGAUACGAAAGCAGCCGGCCAAGCCAGCUGAGAAGGUGCAGAGCUACGUCGCAACACCGCAGCCCUGCCCAAAGUGUUCCAAAGAACACUUGCUGUUCCUGUGCGAAGCGUUCAAGGCGUCCAGCGUCGCCGACCGUCGGGAGUUGGUGCAGAAGUCCAGACUUUGCUUCAACUGCCUGAGGACGUCGCACACGGCAAAAACCUGUUCCUCGAAGCACACCUGCAAGACUGAUGGAUGCAACCAGCGUCAUCAUACGCUCCUCUGUCAACACGGCGGCAGACAGGCAGCUACCGCAGGGCUUCCGGGUCAACAGAUAGCAGCGAUGCCGGUCCAGCAACCGGCCAUGGAAGCUCAACCCACGGUUCCGAGUUUCAAGGCGGAGGUCACCAGUGAUCCAGCCGUCCAGAUCACCGUUCUACCCACUGCGCUCGUCAAGCUGCGCGGUAGGAAUGGUGUCUUCCACACUGCUAGAGCGAUGAUAGACUCGUGCUCUGGCGCGUCGCUGAUAAGCGAGGCCUGCAUGACGCGACUCGGGAUCAGCCGGAGCAACGCGCGGUUCCCAGUAACCGGAGUUUCCGGGACACACGCAGGAACCACCCGGGGAAUGGCGCUGCUGGAGAUUGCACCCCGUUUCAGCGACGAAGUGGUGAUGAAGACGCAGGCGUACGUGCUUGAAGUGUUGGCUCCCCCCACACCGUGCCAAAGCUUCAAGCCCAAGCAAUUGGAACUACUCCGAGGGCUCCAGCUAGCCGAUCCGGAGUACUACAAAGCGGGACCGGUAGACGUCAUCCUAGGCGCCGAGCUGUUCCUGCCGAUUCUACAAGCGGGCCAGGUUACAGACGAGGACGGUCUACCCGUGGCCCAGAAGUCAUCGCUCGGCUGGCUCGUCGCCGGCAAGUUCGGUGGUGAAACAAUGCUGCAAACAAAUCUGGUGUCCUUCACGGUGCAGCUGGAUGUCAUCAUCGACCAGACGCUGCGCAAGUUUUGGGAAACCGAAGAAGUGCCUGCGGCCAAGGUACUCACUCCCGACGAGAAGCGCGCUGUUGACAUCUUCAACACAUUCGUGGUUCGGCUCCCCUUCGACGACUCCAAGCCGGCAUUGGGCGACUCGCUCGCAAGCCUACGCAACUUCAUGUCCGAGUACCAGCAACUGGGACACAUGGAGCUCAUCCCGCAAUCCGAGGUCGACAAGCACCCCAGCGAGUGCUUCUAUUUGCCUCACCACGCAGUCCAGAAGGAGGACAGUUCAACAACGAAGUUGCGUGUCGUCUUCGAUGGCUCGUGCAGAACCAGUUCUGGCGUGUCGUUGAACGACCGGUUGCUGAUUGGUCCAAACAACAACGAGGACCUGUACGACGUCUACUGCCGCUUCCGCACCUACCCCGUGGUCUUCGUGAGCGACAUCGAGAAGAUGUACAGGCAAGUACGGGUGGACAAGCAGGACACGAACUUCCAGCGGAUCGUCUGGCGCGAUGAUCCCGACCAACCGGUGCAGCACUACCGUCUGACGACGGUGACGUACGGCACUUCAAGCGCAGCCUACUUAGCGACCGAGUCUCUCCGACAAGCGGCCCGAGACAACGCUGAGAAGCACCCCGUAGCAGCUGACAGGAUCCUCAAAGGGUUCUACGUGGACGACCUGAUGUCCGGCGCCGACACAGUCGAAGAAGCUCAAGAGCUAGCUGGCCAGAUCACAACCAUCCUGGGCGAAGCUGGAUUCGUCCUCCGAAAGUGGUCCUCCAACGCACCCGAGCUGCUGGAGAACAUCGCAGACAGCCGACAGGGACCAGUCCCUGUUGAGUUCACGAACGUGACAGCGUCGGUCAAGGUCAACCUGGACAUCAACAGCCCGAACACGAAGCGUCAACUCCUCUCCGACGCAUCCAGGCUAUUCGACCCGUUCGGAUGGCUCGCUCCAGUGAUCGUCAAGAUCAAAAUCAUCUUCCAACUGCUGUGGCUGUACGACUUGCUGUGGGACGACCCGCUGCCACCCCUUCCCGAAGCAGAUUGGAACACCAUCAAGCAAACGCUUCACCUGCUGGAGCGGAUUCGCGUGCCCCGCCGAAUUCCAGCCUUCAACGGCAAGUUGCAGCUGCUCGGAUUCUCGGACGCCUCGGAGUCGGCGUACUCUGCGGUUGUCUACGGUCGGUCUGCGGACCGCAACGGGAAAAUCCACAUCGUGCUGAUUUGCGCUAAAACCAAGGUUGCGCCAAUUCAGCAGAUCUACGUCCCAAAGCUCGAACUCAACGGUUCCUGGCUGCUGGCCGCCCUGAUGAAGCGAGUCUCCCUCGCUUUGUGCCACCUCGAGCUGCAACACUUUGCCUUCACGGACUCGGCAAUCGUACUGGAAUGGUUGUCGGCGCACCCCCGCAAGUGGAAGACUUUCGUCGCCAAUCGAACGUCAGCGAUCCUGGACUUCCUGCCCAGGAGCAUGUGGCACCAUGUGUCAUCGAAGGACAACCCGGCCGACUGUGCGUCGCGAGGAUCUCGCCGCUCGAGCUGCUCAACCAUCCGCUGUGCACCAGCACCGAAGGCACCACCCCUCGAAGAACGACAGAUUCGCACAUUCUGUCUGGAGAUUGGCUCCCCGCGUAGCAACUUCACACUGGAGCGCUACCUUCUCGAUCGAUUCUCCUCGCUACGCCGCUGCACUCGGACGCUAGCGACGAUCCGACGGUACCUGUUCAACCUGGCUCGACCGAAGGCGGAGCGCCUAACCGGACCGCUGACACCGGCGGAACUCAAGGUAGCUGGUCUACAACUCGUACGACUAGCACAACACGAAGCAUUUGCGAAGGAGAUUGCCUGCCUGCGCAAAUCGACCGAAGUUUCCAACAAGAGCAAGCUGCGCCCGCUCUUUCCGUUCAUCGACCGGGACGGAACGCUUCGUGUCGGUGGAAGGCUGCAGAACGCCGACAUCCCCUACGACAUGAGACACCCGCCCAUUCUGCCGCAGCAGCACCGACUGACAACACUUGUCAUUCAAGACCUUCACCUGGACAACCUACACGCAGGGCCUACCUUGGUGAUCUCAACCCUCAACCAGCGCUUUUGGGUGAUGGGAUGCCAAACGGUCGUGCGACAGCAACUGCAAAAGUGCGUCCGCUGCUGCCGAAUGAAAGCCAGAACCGCUCAGCAGCUGAUGGGAAGUCUUCCGGCGGUGCGAACAACGCCGACCAGAGCAUUCGUCCACGUCGGAGUCGACUACGCAGGACCAAUCCUCGUCAAGAGCGGCAACCCAAGGAAACCACACGUGACAAAGGGCUACAUCGCAGUGUUUGUAUGUCUCUGUACGAAAGCUGUGCACUUGGAAGUCGCCGGCGACCUGUCCACGAAGGCCUUCUUCGGUGCACUUAAACGGUUCAUCGCCAGGAGAGGACUGUGCACCGAGAUAUGGUCCGACAACGGGACGAACUUCGUCGGAGCCGAUCGGCAGAUGCAGGAGUUUUUCGAAACCGACGAGUUCAAGCAACAAGCCGCCCACUUCGCUGCCAACCUUGGGAUCAAGUGGACCUUUAUUCCGCCUUCCGCACCCCACAUGGGAGGAUUGUGGGAAGCUGCGGUCAAGAGUGCGAAGACCCACCUGCGCAAGGUCCUGGGAAACGAGUCGGCCACCUACGAAGAGCUCUACACCAUCCUGACGCAAAUCGAGGCCUGCCUCAACUCGCGUCCGCUUUGCGCCAUCUCCAACUCUCCCGAUAGCUGCGAGGCCCUCACCCCCGGACACUUCAUCAUCCAGCAGCCGAUGAACCUCCUGCCGGAACCCAGCGUUUCGGACGUACCGCGCAAUCGACUGGACAACUGGCAGCUCGUCCAGCAGAAAGUAGAAGAAAUCUGGACAAGUUGGCGCAACGAGUACGUGACGUCGCUGCAACCGCGCAGCAAGUGGCAAUCGGAGAUCGACAACCUGCAGGUCAACCGCUUGGUGCUGGUCAAGAACGAGAACACCCCGCCGGCCCAGUGGGAGUUGGCCAGAGUAGUUGCGACACAUCCGGAUCGUAAUGGCAUCGUGCGGACCGUCACGCUGCGCAGAGGAACAACGGAGUACCAGAGACCGAUCCAGAAGUUGGUUCCACUACCGACUGAUUGA